GUGGCUCUCUCUCAUUCUCUGUCACUCAGUAUCACGUCAUCUCCAACCGCAAUCCGCCAUUGAUCUUCUUUAAGCAGUAUUGCAUGUCGCUUUUGAUUUCAUGAUUUACAAACACAGACACUUGAUUCAUGAUUCAAUGCUACUGUUUAGUAAGUCCUGUUAAGGAAACAUAACUUGUUUCUCCAGCAAUGCGAGGUCGAUAUGGAGAUGGUUUAUCACCGUACAAGCGAGUAUCAUCCAAAGAUCAUUUAAAUGACUACGCAGAAGAGAAAGGACGUUUCUACAAUGGACCUGUUAAUACAGAUUUAGGAAAUCCAUCAUGUUACCUUUCAUUGCCUCAUGUAAUUGUAGCAGCUAUUUCAUCUUUCUUAUUUGGUUACCAUAUUGGGGUUGUAAAUGAUACACUUGAAAGCAUAUCGUUGGAACUUGGCUUUAGUGGAAAUACCAUAGCUGAAGGUCUAGUGGUUAGUACUUGUUUGGGUGGUGCCUUUAUUGGAUCUAUCUUUAGUGGUUGGAUCGCAGAUGGAGUUGGACGCAGAAGGGCGUUUCAGUUAUGUGCCUUUCCAAUGAUAGUUGGUGCCUCAUUGAGUGCAACAACGAAUACCCUUAUGGGCAUGCUUCUUGGAAGAUUCUUUGUUGGAACUGGGAUGGGUCUUGGCCCCCCUGUUGCUGCUCUUUACGUUACUGAGGUGUCACCAGCAUCAGUAAGGGGAACUUAUGGGAGUUUCAUCCAAAUAGCAACAUGUCUUGGACUCAUGGGAGCUCUUUUCAUUGGGAUACCAGCCAAGGACAUUUUUGGUUGGUGGAGGGUGUGUUUUUGGGUGUCUUCCAUUCCUGCUGCAAUACUUGCUGUAAGUAUGGAAUUUUGUGCAGAGAGUCCACAUUGGCUGUACAAGAAAGGAAGAAGUGCUGAAGCUGAAUUUGAAUUUGAGAAGCUUUUAGGAGGACCUCAUGUUAAACAAGCCAUGUCAGACUUGGCUAAAACAGACAGAGGUGAUGAUGCAGAUACCUUAAAAUUCUCAGAGUUACUUUGUGGUGGCUACUCGAGAGUGAUUAUGAUUGGUUCUGCUCUAUUUGGUUUGCAACAAUUAUCUGGUAUAAAUGCUGUUUUCUAUUUCUCCUCAACUGUAUUCAAAAGAGUUGGUGUGCCCUCAGACAUUGCAAAUAUUUGUGUUGGAGUUACUAAUUUAUCAGGGUCAAUUAUCGCUAUGAUAUUGAUGGAUAGACUAGGAAGGAAGGUGCUUCUUCUUGGAAGCUUUAUGGGCAUGGCUCUGUCUAUGGGUCUUCAAGUGAUUGCAGCCAGUUCAUUAGUAUCAGGUUCCGCAGUCGCAUGUUUAUCUGUUGUUGGCAUUCUAUUGUUUGUGUUUACAUUUGCACUUGGCGCUGGACCAGUCCCUGGUCUCCUCUUGUCUGAGAUAUUCCCUAGUCGUAUAAGAGCCAAAGCCAUGGCAAUCAGCAUGUCCGUACAUUGGGUCAUAAACUUUUUUGUCGGGUUGUUGUUCUUGCGGUUGCUGGAUCAACUUGGACCACAAAUUCUAUACUCGAUCUUUGCUGGUUUUUGUUUGUUGGCUGUGGUUUUUGUGAAAAGAACCGUGGUCGAAACAAAAGGGAAAUCUCUCCAAGAAAUUGAGAUUGCUCUUCUUUCUAAUCCUUCAUAGAUUCUCUAAUUAUAUUAUUCAUGUAUACCAUAAUACCAAUAUCAUAUAUUAAUGCA